AUUAAUACAAUAACUCGAGAUCAGGUAGAGAUAGAUUAGGUCUGCAGCUUGGAAGUAGGUAUAACAUCUGAACUUAAACGACCUGUCAACUUUCCCUUCUGCUUUGAAUAUAGAGUACUAAUAAUCAAAGCCCUUCUGCAUAUUUCUUUAUAUGUUGCAUGGUUUAGUUUUUGCUAUGGUCGAUGAACGUUGGCUAAUUGACUACUUUUAUUUAUACUAAGUGUGAGGCUAUUUCUAUUUUUCUGGUGCGCGUAAAGGCGUUAAGCAUGUGUUUCGGUUUCUCCAUUUUUGUAGUAAAUAAGUAUGAGCUAAUUGAGUGUUCUGUGCACCCACAGACACAAGCUAGGAAGAAUUACCUUAUAGCGAGUGACGGUAAAUAAAAUGCGCUGUUGCGUUUAAAGCGCAAUCGCAAAAAUAUUCUUAGAUUGAAAGCUAUAGCUAUAUUGAGUUGAGAGUACAGUCACGUCGCACCGUCUGGAAUCUAGACCGUCAAGAUCUAUCAACCAGAAUAUUUUACGUUAUGAAUCGCGCCUUAUGGAAUAAAUUUACAAUACCUAUAUACAAAAUGGUCUUCUGGCUGGUGGAGCGUGGCGCGAGGUCGAGCAGGCAAGGGGAAUUGGUAGUGCAGGCGGAGAGCUGUUGUUUCUUGAAGUUUGGAGCUCUGCUUAUAAACAUUUGCAGCCGGGGACGUUGUCAUCAGUUGGUCCUUUUGACCAACGAGCCUGCAGCACGUUUUAGUUUGCUGCAGGAUGUGCAAGCGGCGCGUCGCCACAGACACUUUAAUGGGCCAAAUAUAGAAAGAUUGGGGGCUCUAUUUUUUCUACACAAACAACGCCCGAUGAAGACGUAUUGUUGAAACACGUAGCAACCUUUUUAUAUUCUUUAAAUAUUAAACGAAACGAGAUCUAUGGAGCCUUUGAAGGAAUGAAAGCCUUUCUAAAACUCGUGUAUGCUCUCAGAGGUCGUAGAAGUUCUUGGCUCCUAAUGCGUUUGAUUGCCUUUUGGACAGGGUGGCCUCUGUGCUAGCCACAGCAAAUUUGUUUAAAUAUAAUUGUACCUAUCCUUCAAAUACCUAAGCUUCUCAAGCAGCACAUUAGUGUUCUUAAAUAUUUUUAAAGGCUCUACUCUAGGACGUAGGAGUAGAACACUUUAGAAGACUGUUUGACAAUUUACGUGGUUUAGAUGACAAAGCGUAACCAUAGUAGGUACCUACCUAAUAUACCUAGGUAAAAUUAUGGCGUAACCGUACCUUGGUAUAUACCUACACGAAGUAGACACCUUGAAAUCUGUAUAACCAGCUUACGACUGAAGAUCUGCUACCUUAAUGUACACCGAGUUCCAGCUGGCUCUAUUGCAACCCCUCACAGUAUCGUAGAGUGAAAUGAUGGCUUCUGGAGUGCUUUGUAGUUUGUCUGCUUUCCUGCUACCUUGAUCUACACCGAGUUCCAGCUGUCUCUAUUGCAACCCACGAGAGUAUCAGAAAGUGAAAUGAUGACUUCUGGAGUGCUUUGUAGAUUGUCUGCUCUCCUGCUAUCUUGAUCUACACUGAGUUCCAGCUGUCCUUAUUGCAACCCACGACAGUAUCGGAAAGUGAAAUGAUGGCUUCUGGAGUGCUUUGUAAUUUGUCUGAUCUCCUGCUACCUUGAUCUACACUGAGUUCCAGCUGUCCUUAUUGCAACCCACGACAGUAUCGGAAAGUGAAAUGAUGGCUUCUGGAGUGCUUUGUAGAUUGUCUGCUCUCCUGCUACCUUGAUCCUACACUGAGCUAGGGUCUGAUUGACUGCCGAUGACCCAGCAUGAUAGUAAAGCAUUCCCUUUAGUUCCAGCUGUCCCUAUUGCAACCCACGACAGUAUCGGAAAGUGAAAUGAUGGCUUCUGGAGUGCUUUGUAGAUUGUCUGCUCUCCUGCUACCUUGAUCUACACUGAGCUAGGGUCUGAUUGACUGCCGAUGACCCAGCAUGAUAGUAAAGCAUUCCCUUUAGUUCCAGCUGUCCCUAUUGCAACCCACGACAGUAUCGGAAAGUGAAAUGAUGGCUUCUGGAGUGCUUUGUAGAUUGUCUGCUCUCCUGCUACCUUGAUCUACACUGAGCUAGGGUCUGAUUGACUGCCGAUGACCCAGCAUGAUAGUAAAGCAUUUCCUUUUGUUCCCGCUGUCCCUAUUGCAACCCACGAUAGUAUCGGAAAGUAAAAUGAUGGCUUCUGGAGUGCUUUGUAGAUUGUCUGCUCUCCUGCUACUUACCUUGAUCUACACCCAGGUAGGGUCUGAUUGACUGAUUGACAUUUGGGGAGUUAAUAAUCGCAUAUUAUGUAUGUUUACCUACAUUGAAGUCCCUAUGAUGCGUUACGCAAUUCACCACCCUGUAUAGGACAGUGAAGAAUAACUUAUUUUGUAUGUUGGUCAGAAUUUAUCUCUAAAGUUACAUCGAAUAAAAUUCAGCUUAAGCCAAUGAUCAAUCAUAUAUCUAGGAAAGUGGCAGAAAUUUAAAUUGUAUUUAAUAAAAUUAACUAAUCUAAUGACUCAAACCGAUCCGAAAACGAUGUUCUCUGAUUGAUUAUUAGGGCGUGGAGUGUUCAAUGCAGUAAUGAGCAAUUUAAGGGAAGCAGCGUGUUGAAAUAUUGUUGAAAACAGAAAGUUAAUCAGAAAGUUUUUUUUAUCGAUCUAUAAUUUUGAAGAGCCCUGUAUAAAACACGGACAUUAGCCACCGACGCCUGGAUUGUGGCUGAUACUAGCCACAUCCUUCUACUUUUAAAAUCUCUAUUUACAGUUAUUUCUUUUGGUAGAAUGUGAAGUAUGACUUUUCUUUUAAAUUUCUUUAGAAGAAUAUUAGAUAGAAUGCUACAGUUAUUUUAUUUCGGCCAGCACAACAUUUCCAACACCUUGAACAUCUAUGUUAAGACAAACAACGGCAACACACUUUCAAUUAAUUUGGAUCCUCAAUGGGAUAUUAAAAACGUUAAGGAAGUCGUUGCUCCCAAAUUAGGCUUACACCCUGAGGAAGUUAAGAUAAUCUUUGCAGGCAAAGAGCUCGGUGAUACAAUAACGAUAGCCGAAUGCGACUUGGGACAGUGCAGUAUUCUACAUGCGGUUAAGUCGAAGCAUCGGCGGAGUUUAGCAGGGGCCGUUGUCGAGGAAGUAAUAGAAGAGUUCGGUUCGAAACCACUUUGCGAGACCUUGAAGGAUUUGUCCACGGAGGAUAGCAGUAAUAAUGUAAUUGAGCAACCGAAAGCCCAUUUUUUUGUUUACUGUUCAAUAUGUAAGGGGCUUAAGACUGGGAAGUUAAGAGUGAAAUGCCAAUUUUGUAAGAGCGGAGCAUUUACAGUACACGCAGAUCCGCAAAGCUGGGUCGAUGUGUUAGAAUCUAAGCGAAUCACCGGACAAUGUGAGAACGACCCCGACUUAUGCGCAAAUAUUUUAGAUAAUGCUGAACCCACUUUCGCCGAAUUUUACUUUAAAUGUGCUGAGCAUACUUCUUUAGGUGAAGAGGAUAAGGCAGUACCCUUAGAUUUAAUAAGGCCUAAUGUACAUAGUAUACCGUGUUUAGCCUGCGGUGAUAUUAGUACACCGAUUUUGGUAUUUCCGUGUGCUGAGGCACAUGUGACCUGUUUAGAGUGUUUUGUUACGUAUUGUUCUACCAGAUUAAGGGAUAGGCAAUUUUUGGAGCAUCCCGACUUUGGAUAUACUCUAUCAUGUCCAGCUAGAUGUGAAAAUUCCUUGAUCACUGAGACACAUCAUUUUCGUUUAAUGCCGGAAGCUCAGUAUUCCCAAUAUCAGCAGUUUGCGACAGAAGAGUUUGUACUGAGCACAGGAGGAGUGCUGUGUCCACAGCCCGGCUGUGGUAUGGGCAUUAUACCGGAACCAGACUGUAUCAAAAUUAGAUGUACUGGUGGAUGCGGAUACGUGUUCUGCCGUUUAUGCCUUCAGGGCUACCAUAUUGGUGAUUGUGCUCCAUUUGAUCCAGAGAGUAAUACAGAUAGGAUAGAUACUGAGUUUAAUGUGGAUCCGGCACUGGUUUCCCAAGCCAGAUGGGAUGAAGCUUCAAAGGUUGCUAUAAGAGUGUUGACCAAACCUUGCCCAAAGUGUAAAACACCAACUGAACGUGAUGGAGGGUGUAUGCAUAUGGUGUGUACUCGAGGAGGGUGCGGAUUUAAUUGGUGUUGGGUCUGUCAAACACCGUGGACGACAGACUGCAUGGGGAGCCAUUGGUUUGGAUAAAGUUGAUUGUUAUGGUUGUCAUUGUGAUUUAUGUUUCUUUUUUUGUUAUUGUUAUAUACUUAACUAAAUAAAUUUGAACAAUUUU